CGUGCAGCUCCUUAUUUGAAAUUUUCUUUUUCCAUUUUUUCCUGAAAAGAAAACUUCGCCCCUUUCGUAAAAAUUUACUAUGUCGCUUCACUCUCGAGGCAUGUUUAAGAGGAAGAUGGAACCUUUAUGUUUUGACAUUACCCUAAACUACGACAUUGCUUGGGCGGAUAAUUCUCAAUUGACUAUUGAAUUCAUCAAAUUCUUGUGUGUUCAAAAGGGACAGAUACCAGUGCCAUAUCCUCAACUGCAGAAACUGUCAACUUUAGCUCAAGUUGAUCUUGAAAAAGAUUGUAAAGUUUUGAAGACUGCCAAGGAAAAAGCUGCUGACAUCAAGAUGAAGCGCAAACAGAUGCAAUUUGUGAAGAAAGCAGAAAAUUUUCAAAAAAACUUAGAUGACCUUUGUUCGGGAAUCACACAUUGCUUUGAAGCCCAAAGUGAACAAGUUGCCAUAAUUCUGGGUACUUCCAUAUUUAAUCAAAAGGAAAUUUUUAUCCUUGACUGGUCACAGUGGCCUUCCAAACAAUCUUGUAAAAGAACCUCCAAUGAUAGAAAGGAUUUCCAAAAAAACUUGGCAAAUUUCUUUAGGUUUUUGGUGACUACUGAAAAUUUGUUUCCUAUUCUUCAAGCAGUAAGACCCUCUAAUUUGCAUGUUCUUUGCCAAACCGUUUCUUUAGCUCCAACUGACUGUAUACCGCGCUUAAACUUUAAACCUUCCACCAGAGUGCCUCAAAUUACCUUACGUAUUCUGCCUCCUAAAAGCCAAAUUUCUUUGAAUCCAUUUUCAAACAAUUAUCACGAAAACGGGUAUGAUGAAUACCCAGUAGAUGAUGACUCUCACCGAACCGUUAGCCGACGUCUUGUGUUCUCUUCGCCUGCUCCUGCAAAUCGUAUCAUUUCUGAAAAAGAUAGCUCAUUCUUAGAUAUUUCAGGGAUUGGUCGAUUAGACGAUGACGGUGAUAAAAGUAAUAACGGCGAGAUCAUAUUAGAGAAUUUAACAAAUAGAUGUUGGUUUCAGAUUCAAAUUUCUUUAUCAGGAUUUCUAGAAACUUAUGUUAUGAGCAGCAAUUAAUUCUUAGUGCAAUUCACAGGUGGAAGGUUUUUUUUCUUGUCAUGUUGACGCUUUUAUUAAGCCAGCAAAUGUUGCGUGAAACUUAUCGAAAAUACAAUCACAAUUUUCAACAAA